UAGUAAAAGUUACCAAUAUGCGAUCGAGAAAAACUUUAAAGAAGUCAACAAAGUCUUUACAAAAAGUUUCAAGCAACGUUUUGCGUGUCCAAGAACCAUCUCUGCGCGAUGUGUAUGUGAAAGCGUGUGCAGAAAACGGAGUUCAUGCAAAUAGUGGAAUCGUUGCGAUGCUUCCAGACAAGCCGGGUAUGGCGUAUCAUAGUGAGACACUUGACUUUAGCAAUAAUUAUAUCGGGGACCGAGGCGUCACUCCCCUUCUAGCGGUUGUUGAAAAGGUUCACAAUCUCAAGUCAAUAUUGUUUAUGGAGAAUGGUCUCCGCAAUAAAGGGAUUGAUGUUCUGUGUAAUGGUGUGGAAAAUCACCCUAGCCUUGAACGCAUCGAUGUUUCGGGUAACUGCAUAAGCGAAGGUGCGGCGUUAAGCUUAGAAAAACUUCUUUGCACGAACAAACGCAUUGUGGAUCUCGCUAUUAAUUGUAGCAAAAUUAGCGUUGAGUGGCGAGUUAAGUUGAAAGAUUUGGUUUCUCUAAACCGUAGCACUCAGUUUUCUCACGACAUAGUAUAAGGAACUGCAAUGUCACCACUUUGAAGAAAGAAAACUGAGUUAUUAAAACCCAAUAGCACUUGUGUUCGCGACACAAAUUCAUCAAUUUGCUCAUACAUUGGAGUCAUAUAUGUAAAAUUAGUAGGUGUUAUGUAAAUCUUGUUAUUGUGACUUCAUUCUCUGAGUUCUAUAACAAAGGAACAAAUAUCGGAAAAAUAGAUACAAAAAAAAUAUUAUCGUGCCUUUAAUGUAGUCA